AAGUGUCUUGAAGCGUGAACAUCUGAAGAAAUCCUUGUCUCGAUCGUGUAAGGAUUGCUAAAGACAAAAUGGCCAGAGUCGUGUACUUAUAGGAGACUCACUGAGCAAGUCUGUUAACUGGCUACACCAUGGGAUCGUUUGUUGAUUACAUGGGAGAUCAUGUUUGGCUUCCAGUCCUGAUUGCUAUUGGCAUUGCAUUCUUGUUAAUCAUCAUAGUCUGGAUAAUCUGUAAACGCUGGAAAUGGAAUCGUUAUGUGAGUCGGAUUGGCAUUGAAGAGGAAAGAUCAUUAAUUGAGAAAUGGGACGAAGAGAAAAGACUUCAGAAAAGUGUAGAAAGAGAUGCAGUGUUGCUGAAUUGCUACUACUAUUUAAAGGAUUCCAAAAAGUAUAGUUUUAUUGACCAUUUACCAGAUAUGGGUAGCAGAGUAAAUAAACAAUGGUUCCUUGUAAAAGAUAGUAAACAAGACAUCAAUGCUGUGUUGACGAUGACACCCUGGAGCUCACAAUCUGUGAUUCCCUUUACCAAAGCCACAAAGAAAACUUUGAAAGAACUUUUCUCACUGUUGCAGUAUCCCUACCUUUUUCCAUUGAUGAGCAUUGACUUUGUAUUUAGUCACAACCUUGUGAUGUUCAUCCAUCCAUACCGAUCUGCUGGAUCAUUAAAAGAUCUCAUAUAUGGGUCUCGUCCACAGUCAUCUUGGGAUGAAAAGUACCAAGUGAAGGGAAAAGCUCUUUCCCUUACGCAAAUUCGUAAUUUUGGGCGACAAGUCUUAGAGGCGCUGGUUUAUCUGAGAGACAAGGGCCUCCCAAGAUGUGGUCAUGUUCACUCUGGAAAUAUCUUUGUAAUCAAUGGAACGGCUAAGCUUUCUGGCUUUGAAAAUUCUUUGUUUGGCUGGAAGUCAAGGCUUUAUCCUACCAUUAAAAAGCUUUUAAAAGACAAAGACGAUGAUAUUGAAGUUAUUCAGUUUGGACACCUGCUGUAUGAAAUGCUGGCGGGGUGGGAGUUGACCACAGCAGAACCAAGGAGAGAACAGCUGAUAAACUUUAGAAAUACCCCAGUUGUGGAGGUUAUAAAUUUUAUAUUCUUUAAUGAAAGUGAAAUGUAUCCAACCUUGGAUGAGCUUGUAGCUCAUUCACUCUUCAAGGGAGGUGAUAUCAGUGGACUUAAAAAGUUUAACCCCGGUCCAGUCCGUUUUAGUUCAAAUGUGAAACAACUCCUUAAAAUAUACAGCAAUGACGACGAGGAAAGACCAAGGAAACGAAAAAUGUCUUCGAGAAAAUCAAAACUAGAUGACGGCAAAGCAGUUAAGAAAGAGAAAAGCUCUUCCAAAUCAAAAGCUAAACGUGCGUCUGUUGACGAAAAAAGUGUUCCGCCCGUUCAGUUCAUGGCGACCUAUCCGCCGAAACCACCUCCGCCUCCCAUCCCUAGAGAAGUACCACCCCCUCCUCAGUUAAAACGUCCACCAGUGUCUGUAGAAAAAGUUGCGCCACGACCUCCAAGCAGCUCUGGCCGAGGAGCACUCUUGAGUCAAAUUCAAAGAGGUUCAAGGCUAAAAGCAACCAAAACGAACGACAGAAGCGCCCCGCGAGUGUGAACAGCAGCUGCUGAUUUUAGUCGAUUAUUGAAUGAUGCAGGACAUUAGUUAAUCCUGUGUGUGACAUUGAUGCCACCGCUUUGCAGAGGACGUAAAAAUAAGUGCAAGGUCUGUUUGUGCAGGAGAUGAAAGUGAGAGACAAGUUUUCUGAAAUAAGCUCAAUUUGUUGAUGUACUUUUGACGUGUCGAAGUUCAAACUGGCAAUCGUAGCUAAAAUGAAACUUUUCCGUUUUGAAUUUGUGAUUUUUUUCAAAAGAUGCUCUGAAUAGAGCUAUUUUAAAUGCCAUCAUCAUCAUCGCCAUUUUAUCUUUUUUUUUUUUUAAAUAUUAGUUUAGUCAUCCGUUCUGAAUUUCUAAAGAUUAUGGAGAAAUCUCAAGUUCCGGCUCGGACAGCUGAUCUCAAAAAUGGCAGCAGUGAGAACUCAUUAUUACUCAUUAGUAAUGGAAAUUACAAAAAAAAUUAUUUCAAUUGCCAAGCAAAUCAAAAUUAAUAUAUGAUUUCAAAUUACAAAAUUUUUAUUUUACGGUCACGUAAAGAGACCAAUGAAAAUAGAGAAUGUGCGUUGGGUAAAUUUGUUUGUUUCAAAAGCCAUGUGGGAUCGUAUUUCAGGUGGCAUGUAGCAGAUUGCUCGUCCAAACACAGGUUUCCUUCCGGUGAGAGGAGAAAAAUGUCCAUAGUACGUGUAUCGUUUUUAAUGCGUCCCAAUAUUGCGAUCAUUACGUCAGGCUCUGUGCAGUUGCUACAGUGUCAGCGAUCCUACAAGUUUUUAAACCGGUAAAAGACUCAACAAAGCCAGAGUUUGUUCACUUGUUCCAUUUUAUGAUUGUGUGCUGAAGUGCUUUUUCUCCUUCAGCGCCUGAAAGGUCUGUCUCUUCAGAAAAUGAAAUCUCCAAGUAGAGUUAGAUCUUUUUUAGCACGUCACGCAAGGAGUGUCCGCGUGACAAGGCUCAACAACAGCUACAUGAAGACUAGCCGGAUAGUGUUUACUCACUAAAUUUACUUCUUUUGUAUUCUAUUGCAAUCAAUCCUUGUUUUUAACUUUGCGAGGAAACUUAGGCAAUAACAAUGAAAUAAGUUCUUUUUUAGAUAGAGAAAGAGAGUAGAUUGUCAGUGUUUUUGUUAGUUAAUGUGAUGUUAUAGAAGAUAUUUAUUUGCUCAGUUUGAAAGCUUCUAAUCGCUUUUUAAUUGACUAAAGGCUAAAGAUAAAUUAUAAGUACUUUAUGCAAUAUAUCGUCAUUAAUACAUGACGUAAUCAUUUACAAGGAAAAGGGCAUUCAAUGCAUUGCUACUGCUCGCAUUGUUUUUCAAGUCAUUCGCUCUCCUUGUAAAGAAGGAUCUUUUGCACUUAUUUUUUGUAAUUAUUUUUCGAAAGGAAAAAUGAAAGAAAUUUUGGAUUUUUAAACAUAUAGUGUUCAUUUAUUUUUAUAAGCUUUCUUCAAAACAUCAGUUUUCACAAUUUCUUCGAUAUGCAACAGGAUGACUUUGAAGCAGAAAUAAAACUCAUCAUUGAAUGUCUUCUGUACUGUAAUAAAAUUGCAAAAAAAUUAAUAAAUGAAAUGUUUGUCUGUU